AUGCCCGAGACCGCGUCGCCAGACCAUGUUAUCCUCGACGCGGACUCUCUGGCUGCCUCAUCAGCAGACGGACCCCUAAACCCUCCCGCCAGUGACGCGCCGCCCGUCGAGCCCGAGGGUCGGGAAGCUGCCGUCGAAUCUCAUGCGAAUGGCCAUGCCCAGCACGACGCGACGCCGGCUCAGGCAAAUGGCCACGUGCUGCAGCCAGCGGAAGCCAUGGACGGUGCUCGUCUCGACGACAGCGAGCGGCCUGCGAAGCGACAGAGGACUCGGAAUGCGACACCGCCGCCGCUGGCUUCUCGCAAGCUGAAGCCCAUCUCGCCACCGUGGAAGAAGAUCGAGGCUGACGGCCCAACAUCGUACACCGAGAACGGGCGGCGCAAAUCCGGCCGUAUCAAUUCGUUGCCCGUCCCGACCGAGCCGUCCAACCUGAAUCCGAAGCGCAAUACUAGGCAUUCUACGAACGGAUCGACAGGAAGCACGCCCAAGGAGAGCUCGAUGACUAAUGGCAAAUCAAGCAAGAUGGCAGGAAGCAACACAUCCAAGCAGAAGCCCUCGGGCAAAGCUACGCCAGCCAGCACCACGGCGUCCGAAUCGAACUCGAGAUACGCUUCUAAACGAGGUGCUGCUCCAGAGCCCAGGUCAUCUUCACGACUCACACGCCGACGAACUCCCUCGCCUCCGCCACAGUCCCUCAGACACUCCACGCGCACGCGAAGAACACGGCUCAGUGAUGCGUCUGCUGCAGCUGAACAAGAUGCUGCAGGCAACAUUAUUAAGCAUAAUACCUUCGAAAGCUCCGGCAAGUCACCUCGAGUCAAGCUGAGGGUCUCGUCUCGGCUCGGUGUGAUUCCGCUGGUUCAUCCGGACCAGGUUCGCAAACGACCACGCAUAGGGACUGACUUUGACGAUUUCUGGACUCGAGCGGGAGAUAUUCCGGUAGAAGAUGGCGGCCUCAUGGCCUCUGAGGAUGGGCCACCGUACACAGACGAAAUGGCACAGAAUGAUGCACGGAUAGUUCUCCGCAUUGAAAAAGAGGUCGAGCCGGGUGGGCUCCUUUCGAUGCAGCGCUGCUCCCUAUUCGUGCCUGAAGGAGAAGAGGAGCCACCAAGACAAUGGGCUCGACAAGACCAUAUGACAAGGGCUGCUGCCAACUUUCGAAAGCUCAUGGUAGUGGAACAACAGCGCCAUCGAUCAGCAGCCAAGAAGCUUGCCGAAGCCUGUCGUGAAGAAUGGUUAAGGCGCCAGCCCAAAUCCGCCGAAGAGAUAGAAUCGGAAGCAAGGGCCUUGUGGUUAACGCGGUAUCGAGUUGUUCUCAAAUCUCUCUCUGGUACUUGGGAAAAUAUACGUACAGAGGUAAACAGACGGCGAUUGGUGCAGUGGGAGGCAGAAGAACAAAAAAGAGUCAAAGCCGCGCUUAACCAGGCCGUCAGUCUAUCGGAGCAGAAAUUGCAGGCUCGCCGCGCCGGAGGCAUGGAUUCCGAAUCUCUUUUCGACGAGGAUGAUGGCUUUGAUGAUAUGAGCGACAGCCCUAGCGACGAUGACGCAGACGAAGAUGGGUCUCGUCUCUCUUCCGCAGAGACUGAUGGAAACAGCGGCGGCGGCGACGAUAGCGAUAUGAUGUCUUCUUCCGAAGAUGAAGAUGAUGAAGAUCAGAAAGACGUGGCAGACGAGGGCCUCACACAGGAACAGCUACGAGCGAAAUACGCCAACAUACCCGACCUAAAAAGACCUAAGAAACCAGAAUCAAUUGCCGAGAGCACGAGCCAAAGCCCUGGAAAUGCAGGAGAGUCAGACGCCGAGACCAGCGAUGAAUCAGUGGAUAUGGAUGACGAUUUAGGAUCCAGUGAUUUUGAUGGUAGUGACGAGUCUGGGGAUGAAGGGUCCACGGAUGAGUCGGGAUCUGAAGAAGAGGCCAGUGGUUUGCUGGGACUCUUUUUUGGAAAAUCAGAGCUCAAAGAAAUGAAGCAAAUCGAGGCCAAGGCUGAAAGUCCCGAAAACGACGAGACGAGUGGUCAAGUCGAUGCCCCUGAGCCGGAAAUCGCACAGCCAGAUGUUGAGAUGGAAGAUGAGGACGAGGAUGAAAUGUCGCUUGUCCGGCACCCGGAUUCUAUCAAUGGUGAUGGCGCAGAUGAUGACGGGGAUGAUGCUAAUAAUACGGCAUCCAUGUUAGAAACCAAGCCAAAUGGCGUGGGAAGUGGAACGGAACACGAUGAUGAAAACAAAAGGCCUACAAUUUCUUCGGACCAUGCCGAUCUUGAUUCUGUAAAUGUCAAUCAGGACAUAGCAAUGGCAGAUGCUCCCGACACUGCGGCCAGCGAUGCGUCAAAGUCGGAAGAGCCUACAAGCACAGCAGCUUCAGAGAAAUGCGCUCAUCCUGACACAGCGGCUACGGAUGUCCAAUCGGCCAAUACCUCACCGAGUACAUCACUUCCAACAACCAUGGACACCAAGUUAGAAUCGAAGCAAUCCGAUAGCGAAACAUUGCCGCUGAAAGACACCGUACCGGAAGAAUCGCCCACUACCGUUGCGCGAGUUUCAACACCUCCAUCCGCAGCCCAUAAAAUAGAGGUUCCGUUCCUCCUACGGGGAACACUACGCGAGUACCAAAGACAGGGCCUCGACUGGCUUGCCGGCCUGUAUGCAAACAAUACCAAUGGCAUCCUGGCAGACGAGAUGGGUCUGGGCAAAACAAUUCAGACCAUUGCGCUAUUAGCGCAUCUUGCCUGUCGUCACGAAGUCUGGGGUCCUCAUUUGGUCAUCGUGCCCACCAGUGUAAUGCUCAACUGGGAAAUGGAAUUCAAGAAGUGGUGUCCUGGCUUCAAGAUACUGGCCUACUACGGCUCUCAAGAGGAGCGGAAGAGGAAACGUCAAGGCUGGAACAACGACGACGUUUGGAACGUCUGCGUUACUUCAUAUCAAUUGGUGCUUCAAGACCAACAGGUGUUUAGGCGACGCCGAUGGCACUAUAUGAUUCUUGACGAAGCACAUAAUAUCAAAAACUUCAAAUCACAACGAUGGCAAACGCUCCUUGGGUUUAACACGCAUUCGCGCCUUCUCCUUACAGGAACUCCGCUUCAAAAUAACCUAACCGAGCUAUGGUCGCUACUAUUUUUCCUUAUGCCUGCGGAGAACGGCGUUGGGGGAUUUGCAGAUUUGCAAGAGUUUCAUGACUGGUUUCGCAAACCUGAGUCACAGAUCUUAGAGAAUGGGAGAGACCAGAUGGAUGACGAGGCCAAGGCCAUCAUCGGAAAACUGCACAAGGUUCUGCGACCGUAUCUUCUCAGACGUCUCAAAGCCGACGUGGAGAAGCAAAUGCCAGCCAAAUACGAACACGUCGAAUUCUGUCGACUUUCAAAGCGCCAGCGUGAACUGUACGAUGGCUUCCUGGCACGCAGCGAGACAAGAGAUACGCUAGCAUCCGGCAAUUAUCUCUCCAUUAUCAACUGUUUGAUGCAGCUGCGCAAAGUCUGCAACCAUCCCGACUUGUUUGUGGACCGUCCCAUCAUGACCUCGUUCCGCAUGCGCAAAUCUAUCGUCGCAGAAUUUCAGGAUACCGUGAGAGCUGUGCAGCGAUCUUCGGUUGCAGAGAGCCCCAUGAGCACUGUCAACUUGGGUUUUCUCAACCUAGUGCCCACUCAGCAUGAGCAUCUAUCUACCACGAAGGCGGAUAGUGUAGCCCAGCUGAGCUCCCACCGCGUCCUCAUGGAUCUUCGAGAGGCUCAGAAAUGCCGAGCACAGAAUGCCUACACAACCCUUGACCCGGCUACGGUAGAAUCGAAUAUUGCCUAUGUCGAGAGUGCCGCCCGGUGGGGACGCUUCGAGGAGCUGCAACACUGCGUCUACCUCAAUGCCCUUCGUCGGCAGCAAAGACCGAUAUAUGGCAGCAACGUCAUAAACUUGUUGAACAUCAAUGCCCAUGACCGUCUACGUAAACCCCGGCCUAGGGUUCCUCGAAAAAUCAUGGAAUGGUUCGAUUCCGACUCAGCCUUUGUACAGGCGCUAACUCCAUCUCUCGAACAGAGAGCUGAUAGCCUCAAGACUGCCAUCGAAAAGUUCUCCUGCGUCACGCCCGCGGUGGUGACUCGGGACUUUGACCAGCUCAUUCUGGGUCGAAAGGGUGUCGAGGCAUUUACCGAUGAAGAUCUCAAGCUAUCAGCACCGGUGCGAUGGGCGCCUUUUAUGCCCAAGCAACCCCCUGCGGACCCUUGGCACGAGGCUCGGAUGCGUCUCACCAUCCAGUUUCCCGACAAACGUCUUCUUCAGUACGACUGCGGCAAACUCCAGGCACUAGACAAGCUGCUACGCAAACUGCAAGCUGGCGGCCACCGCGCCCUCAUCUUUACUCAAAUGACAAAAGUCCUCGACAUCCUAGAGCAAUUCUUAAAUAUUCACGGGCACAAAUACCUCCGACUGGAUGGCGCCACAAAGGUUGAGCAGCGUCAAAUCUUGACGGAUCGGUUCAACCAUGAUUCGCGCAUUCUCUGCUUCAUUCUGUCCACUCGUUCAGGAGGUCUGGGCAUCAAUCUUACGGGCGCGGACACAGUCAUCUUCUACGAUCAGGACUGGAAUCCGGCCAUGGACAAACAGUGUCAGGACCGAUGUCAUCGUAUAGGUCAAACGCGUGACGUGCACAUCUACCGUCUCGUCAGCGAACACACGAUCGAGGCGAAUAUUCUUCGUAAAGCAUCACAAAAGCAGAUGCUUGACGAUGUAGUCAUUCAAGAGGGCGAGUUUAACACGGAUUCAUUCAACCGCCCCUCGGUCAGAGACGUCCUUGGCGAGAAGGUCGAUUUUAUGAGCGAAGGCGUUGCUGCAGCAGAUGCCGCUCUUGAUCUAGUCCUUGGCGGAUCGGAAAGCAGCAAUGAUCAGCGCCGUGUCGGUCGCGUCUUUGAGCAAGCGGAAGACAAAGAAGACGUCGCCGCCGCACGCGUGGCAGAGAAGGAGAUCUUGGCCGACGAUGCUGAUUUUACGGAAAAGGCCGGCGGGGCUACCUCGGGCACUUCGACAGCACGCCAAGGGACGCCAGCAGGCAAAUCUAUCUUUGAUGGGGGCAUUGGAAUACUGGACGGACCAGACGAGCCCGGCAUCGACGUAAUCGAGGAGUAUAACGCUUGGGGCGGAAGAAUGGGCAACGUUGAUGACUAUAUGCUUUCUAUCAUGACCGAGGAGUUGAAACACACGAAACUGGAGCUGCCAAAGGAUAAGAAGAAGGGCAAGAAGAAGGGCAAAGACACGAGGAAACGAUGA